AUGACCGAUCACGAGAGCCCUUUCAAGCGCAAGUCAUCUUUCCGCCGGCUUCUGACGGUCGGUUUGAACAUUCUGAAAAAAUUGAAACCCAGACAAACCAUCACCGAAAGUGACAUCCUGCCUGUGGUUCGUUUCAGUUAAUCGAAUUAAGUCUUUAAAAAGUGCCAAAGUACCGGAAAAGAGAUCUCUGAUCGGGUAGAAACUUUUUGUGAAAGAUUCCGAAGACAAGUUUUCGAGUACUGUUUAAUUCACAGUUGUAGCGUAUACGAUUUGAAAUGUCGCAAAUAUAAAAAUGAUCACUGUAUAUGUUACUGUGAAGACGAAGAAGUAUUGUGUUGUUUCUAUUUCAUUCUGAGCUUUCACAAAAAAAUCCUAUAAUUUUUGACUUAAAGGCUGAAAAACAAUUGAAAACGAAGGAAAAAUCAGGGCAUUGAAAUUUUGUGGCAAGCUUCUGAAAAUCAAUAAGAUCGCAAAACCGCCACCGCGACGCUUUGAAACAUUCCACACACACUCACGGUUUUUGAUAGAAAUCACUCAAAUAAAAAGUUUUCAAAACUUAAACUUUUUUUUGUCAACGAAGACUAUUUGUUUCUUCAGACCAUGUCCAUAGAGAAGCUUCGAAAAAUAGCCAAAAAAAAGCUAGCACCACUCGAAAACAAGCAUUUUUCUUGAAAAAAACUGGACAUAACAAGAAAUCUUAUGCACUUGAUUUUUAAGCUCAACUUUUCAAAUUUCAGAGCAGUCUGCGUCGGUCCAAGCGUUUCUUCUCGCGCAACAACUUUCCUGAUGAUAUCCCAGAAGAAGGAAGCGAGACCGUUUUCCUGGUCCGCGGGGUCAGUUUUUAUUUAUUUUUUCUCUUCUAAUUGUACUUUUCUCAUUCUGCAAGACUACAAUUUCAGGCGUCGGUGGAAAACCUCCGGGUGGUUGGCCACUACAACUACGAUCACGUCUUCACUUCCAAACCAAUUGAGCCUCCAAGAGAGUGCCCCAUGGUUCGGUUAGUACUGAAAUCAAGCAGACGGAAAGAAAGAAUUGAAAACUUGCAGCUACUUUCCCAAAGAAGGCAAGUCUUACGACAAAACGUGCCAGCUGCACAGCUUCGAGCGCAAGCGUCGGUAGGAGUGGACCCAAAGCCGGGUAUAAAUAUUGCUUACUUUCUCAGGUCGCACCAGCUUUUUGGAGCUGAUCACCACGCGAUGGAGGCUCUUUUCUGUCCUCUCCAGGCCAGUCAAGUCGAACUCGAGUUCAAGUCGGUGGCUCAACACGAAACGAUCAUAAGAGUUAGUUUUUCCUUUGGUUUUCACGACUUGAGAAGACACGACGCGGUCUAUUUGGCUAAAAAUGGAGUUUUAAAAAGUAUUUGUUCUUUAUUCGAUUAUGAAGUAUUCUCUCUGCAACAUCCAAGUGAACUCGUUAGGGUUCCGCUGAUCCGUCAAUAUAUUAUUAUUAUUAUAAACAUCAAUACAGUUUCAAGCUUUCGAAGUCGAAUGAAAACAGGAAACACGAAAAAAUGACGAAAACUUCAUUUUUUACAGAUUCACGCUCCCAGCGGAGAGACCAGUCCGUACUUGUAUCCAAACAGCCAUCGUACUGCUUCUUUCACUCCUACGGCGGUAAGACUUUUCAUUUCAUUCCCUUGUAGCUCUUGAAAUAUCAGAAAAAUAAGGAACUUUUCCAGGCUGGAUGUGGACAUGGAAAUUGGAUUGUCGAGAUCGCAAUCCGUACUGGCUGUCGCUUCAAACAUAUCGCUACUGAGACCUUGAACCUCAAGGGACACGGUAAUUCUUGAAUGCUCCAAAAAAAUCUUCAUUUUUGGUUUUUUCAAGGACUUCGCGAGUACAUCAUCCAGACGGACUACACUCUCGCUCAGGGCGAACGUCUUUGGAUUGACCACGUCAACUAA